CAGGCAUUUCCCUCCAGGGCGGAAGGCUUCGCUCACGUGACCCGCGGACUGCGCUCGGAGUGGCGACGGGCGCCUCUGCCUGGGUCACACAUGCGCGCGCGGCCGGGGUGCGCGCGGAAGAGGCUCAGAGAUCUGGUGGAAGAAAUAAUUUAGUCUACAUGUGCUUCAGUACCUGCUGGAAGAAUGACAGAUGACAAAGAUGUGCUUCGAGAUGUCUGGUUUGGACGAAUACCAACCUGUUUCACAUUGUAUCAGGAUGAGAUAACUGAAAGGGAAGCUGAACCUUAUUAUUUGCUUUUACCUAGAAUAAGCUACUUGACACUGGUAACGGACAAAGUGAAAAAACACUUUCAGAAGGUUAUGAGACAAGAAGAUGUUACUGAGAUAUGGUUUGAAUACGAAGGUACACCACUGAAAUGGCACUUUCCAAUUGGAUUGCUAUUUGACCUUCAUGCAUCAAAUACAGCCCUUCCUUGGAACAUCACAGUACAUUUCAAGAACUUCCCAGAAAAGGACCUUCUGCACUGUCCAUCUAAAGAUGUGAUUGAAGCUCAUUUCAUGGCUUGUGUAAAGGAAGCAGAUGCCUUAAAGCACAAAAGUCAAGUCAUCAAUGAGAUGCAGAAAAAGGAUCAUAAACAACUCUGGAUGGGGUUACAGAAUGACAAAUUUGACCAAUUUUGGGCCAUAAACCGGAAACUCAUGGAGUAUCCUCCAGAAGAUAGUGGAUUUCGCUACAUCCCAUUUAGAAUAUAUCAGGUAACAACGGAACGACCUUUUAUACAGAAGUUAUUUCGUCCAGUUGCUGCAAAUGGACAACUAAAUACACUGGGAGACCUCCUAAAAGAAGUUUGUCCUUCUGCAGUUACUCCAGAAGUAGAUGGAGAAAAGAAGAAUCAAGUGAUGGUUCAUGGAAUUGAGCCAUUGCUUGAGACACCAGUCCAGUGGCUAAGUGAACAUAUGAGCUAUCCUGAUAAUUUUCUUCACAUUAGUAUUAUUCCUCAACCUACAGAUUGAAGAAUCAACUGUAUCAGAUAUAAGGAUUAUCCUCAGGCUGGAUUUACCAGGGCAUGUCAACCUUUUUCUUGUGUCAGGCGUGGUGGAGGCAACCUGACCAGAAAAACCUCACUGCUUCAAGCCAAACAGGAAAAAAAGAUCCCAUCACUAGAUAAGGACAAUUGGGCUGGUCUUAGUUUGCAUCACCACUGCUUUUCUCCACUGCCGUCAUUAAACUUCAGUUGUGACAUGAAAGACUUUACAGGACCAUUGAAAGUCUGCUGUUCUCUUGUAAAAUAUAAUGAAGCUGAAACUAUUAGCCUGAAGAGCAAAUGGAAAUAUGUGCCACUUGAUUUGUAUUUCUGAUUAACAAAUAAACAAGGGUUUUUCCUAACAUGACAAUGUUUCAGCUUUGGUUAGAGUGGAAACAUUGGUUUAAUUUUUUUAGAAAAUUAGACAUCAGGAGAAAUAAUAUUAAUAACUUCUAGUAACUUUUUGUAAAAGAUCAAAUUAAAGUAAUCCAUCUUAAUAGGAAUGUCAUAUGUUUACAGUAUGUUAAUUGGUAUGAAAACUGUCUUUAACUUUGAUAACAAGCAGUGAGAAUUUUUUAAAUAAAACCUCUGCGCAUAUUUUGCCAUUUAAAAGCAUUCACAACUUAGUCACAAGUGUUUUUGAUUUAUAUGCAGUUGGUCCCUGAAUAUACCCUGGUGUAUGUAUGUUUAUCAUUCAAACUACUCUUCAGUAGAAUAGUAAUGGUGUAGGAUAAUUUGCCCAGAUCUGUUGUGGCAUUCUUCUGAUAAUUUAAAAAUGUUUAAGAAUGUUGCAGAUUCUCAUACCAUUCUCUGUAUUCCCAUAGGCUUUAAAUUGUUUAAAUCAUAAUAUUAUAAAGACAUUUUGAAUAUUGGAAAAUUCAACUUUUUCUGAACUAGUUCUCAUGGUGAAUUCAAUUUCCUGAUGUGGUCCGAGGGCAAUCAGCACAUAAGAUAAAAUUUUUUUUUAUUUUAUUGCAAUAGAUUUUGCUUAAUUUACCAAAUAGGCUACUAGAACUCAUGCUCCAAUUUUUUAAAAUGUUUAUUGCAUUUCAUCAUUGAAGUUGCUACUGUAAUCCUGCCUUUUUUCAAUUUUAUUUUCUGUUGCAUUCAACGUGUGAUGAACCUGGCUCUGUCUGCCAUUCUUGAAUGCAGCAGACAAGAGGACAGUAUGUUCUAAGCAUAUUGUUAUAUAAAUAUUUUCAUAAAGAUACAAGUACCCAUGACAGCAUAUGAUCCUAUAUAUUUUUGUUAGUCUCUAAGAUGCCACAGGACUACUUGUUGUUUUUAAAAUUACAGACUAACCUGGUUAUCCAUCUGAGACUUUUUUCCCAUAAAGAAACAGUUAUUUUCUCAGAAGAGAGAGAAGAUUUGAAGGUAUUACUGAAAUUUUGACUUGCAAAUGUCCAUACUGCUCUUCACCCUUUCCCUCCUUCCCUUUGUGGGAGCAUUUACCUAUAUAUGAGGGAAUAAACCAAACUCCUACACAAAGAGAGAAGAGAAACAAUGACCUGAAGUGAAGAUGAGGACAGAAAAACUAUAAAACACUAAAGGAAUAGUCAGUAUGACCAAGAGUAAAAUAGAAGCAAACAGGAGUUUGUAUAACUCUGUAUAUAAAUGAGGAAAUAUAAUUAAGGAAAGUCAAGGAGGGAAAGGAAAGUGAAAUAACUACAUUCUUAAUCUGUGGAUUUGUAAGGAUUUAAAAUACUGAAAAAAUAUGUUGACCUGUGUUUUAUUCUGAAUGAAUAUAUAGUUCACUUAUGGGUGGAUAAAAAUAAUAAAUGGUAUUAAAUCACUACCGAUGGUUAUACUAGGCAUAUAAUAGGUUAACCGGUUACCUGGCAAGCAAUAGGCUUAUCUGCCUGGUUUCCCCAGUAACCAGUUAACUGGCCUGGCUGGAGCAGGCCCCUGCCCACAACUAUGGCAGGCUGGGUGGAAGCAGCCCGACAGCUGUGGCAGGCCUGACUAUCUGGACUCCACCCACGGCCCCAGAAGGCGGGAGCAACCCCAUGUCCGCAAUGGGCAGGGCCACAGCAGUCCCCCACCUGUAGUGGAGGUGAGCCAGAGCAGGCUUCCAGUAACAGCCAGCCAAGCUGGAGCAUCUGCCCAUCCGUGAUGCUGUGGUUAACCAGUUAAACAUUGUUUAACCUCUUAACUAUUUUAGUGUUUUUUUUUUACAUCCCUAGUUUAUACAUGUUUUGUUUAUAUGACACCAACAUUUUAAAUAUCUCGCUCUCUUCUUAUUCACUAGUAAGUCAGGCCUCUAAAAGCUGUUAUGGAAUACAAAAUAAUUUGUUUGUCUUUGAUAUGUUGUUUCUUUUCAUUUUAACUAUUUCAACUUUACAGUUUAUUAAAAAUUAAAAUAAA